UUAUUAAAUCUGCGGUGACGCUGAGUCACCUUGCCAAAGCAGGAAAGAGGUGACCUAUAUAUCAUGCUCCAGUGAAGAAAUCCAUUCACUUCCACCAACUCUUGAAACGUGCAGAAGACAUUUCCUAUCUUCCCAGAAAGGAAAGAGAUGAUUCUGCUGGCUGCAUUCCUCGGCCUGGCUGCUGUGUUGCAGCCAUCCACUGGACAGACUCCAGAUUUAACUUCUCUGUCAACUGACAACGCAAAUCAACAAAAGGAUAUUGUUGACAAGCACAAUGCCUUAAGGAGAGGGGUGAUGCCAACCGCUAGGAACAUGCUGAGGAUGGAAUGGAGUCCUGCAGCUGCAGAGAAUGCCAAAAGUUGGGCAAAUGAAUGUACUUUAUCCCACAGUCCCCAAAACAGAAGGACAACUACAGUGGGCUGUGGCGAAAAUCUCUACAUGUCAACUGCACCCAAUUCCUGGUCAGAUGCAAUACAAGCCUGGUACAGUGAGGUGGAAAAUUUCAUGUAUGGCAUUGGGCCAACCACACCAGGUGCAGUCAUUGGCCAUUAUACUCAGGUGGUUUGGUACAAGUCUUACCAGAUUGGCUGUGCAAUUGCCUUUUGUCCUCAGAGAUUUUACAAAUACUAUUACGUUUGCCAUUACUGUCCUGCGGGGAAUUACAGAAAAGUAAUGAGCACACCUUAUAAAUCAGGGCCAGUGUGUGGAGAUUGCCCUAAUGCUUGUGACAAUGGACUAUGCACCAAUCCUUGUAAGUAUGUGGACAUUUACGCAAACUGUCCUGAUUUAAAAGUACUCCUCGGAUGUACAAACCCCAUGAUCAAGAAAAUAUGUCCUGCCUCCUGCCGUUGCACCACUGAAAUAAAAUAACAGCCUCAGAUUCCUCCCUUCAUGAAAAUUCUUCUUUUUAAUGACAGCACCAUUUAGAAAAUCAGGGUCCCAUCUUGCAGCCCUUAUAUAUGAAAUCCUACUGACUUCAAUGGGGUUACUCACCUGAGUAAUUGCUGUAGGAUCUGACCUUUCAUCUCAUGUUUUUUCCUGCUUUAAUUCUUUGUUUUAAAAUGUAGUAGAUUUUUCUUCCUUGCCUGAAAUUCAGCAUUGUACAUACUAGACUUGUACAACAUUGAAUGACUGAGAUUUCGUCUUUAUCAAUAUCAACUUCAUCCUUCACAAAAUACCAUCUAAAGGUCACUUCCUGUCAAGAUAUACUUGUGGUGUCCUUAUUCUGAAAAUAAUCCCAUUGAUACAAUGGGCCAGACUUCUCCCUCGUCAUUCAUGUUGAGAGCCACCUUACUGCACAAUCAAUGGGAUCAGUAAGUCUAUUCUUGAAAAUCAUUAUCACACAAGGAAGGAAGGAUUAUGAGAUAGGGAAAUGUUCUCCUAAUAACAAAUAGAGAGCUGUCACCUGAAUUACUUUCAAAUCAUUUGUCAUUUCUGUGUUACUCAUUAAAUUACUCAUUCAAUACUG